AUGGCAAGCACGGCAACCAGUAUCAGCACAAACACGACGACAACGACAACGACAAUGCCAAUGCCAAUAACUUCAACUAUGAAAAAAUCAAUUUGUCAAUUAGACUUUCAAUCAAUAUUGACCAAUAUAUCUCAUCCGUGUUCUCGGCCAGGUAGACCCUUUGUCGCUGAUUUUAACGGCGACAAUCAAUUGGAUUUUGCAUUUUAUUGUCAAGCGUCAGGCCAAAUAAUUGUAUUGUUUGGAAAUGGCUAUGGGAGUUUUAAAGCAGAAAAAACAUUUUCAACAAAACUACUUGACCCACCAGCACAUAUUGCUGUUGGUGAUUUUAACAAUGACAAUCGAUCUGAUCUCGCCAUUACCUAUCGUGACGGAGGAAAGAAAGUGUAUAUUUUGCUUUCAAAUGAUAAUAAGAUGUUUGAACUAAACACAAUACUCCGAAUAGAAGGGGACAAUAUUCUAACAGAUAUUUCUGUAGCUGAUUUUAAUGGUGACAAAUACUUAGAUAUUGUUGUUGGCGAUAUUUUUCCGCCUAGUAUUAUUAUUUUUGUUGGGUAUGGUAAUGGAAGUUUCUCAAUGCAUACAAUGUUAUCAGCAGUACCUAGUCAUGUAUCAGAUUCCUUUGCUAUUGUUGACUUUAACGAUGACGGUCAAUUAGACAUCGCUGUCACAAAUGAGAACUCUACGAUUAUUAGUAUAUAUUUUGGACGUGGUGAUGGCACUUUUGUACAGAAGUGGUAUUACAGUGGACCUCUUUUCUCUAAAUGCCGUAUCUUAGCUGAUGAUUUCAAUAGUGACACUCGAAUAGAUUUUCUUUGCUACAACUCUCAAAAGAAUCUUAUUGGCCUAAUGGCUGGAUUUGGUAAUGGAGCUUUCGAACUACCAAAAUGGUUUAACAUUAGCGAUAUUUCACCUAUUAAGACGUAUUCAGAAGCGCAAGAAACUAUAUAUUUUGGUAGUGACUAUAAUUGUGAUGAUCAUGCAGACAUCAUUAGUUAUCGUCGUGAUAGCGCUAUAUUUGGCUUGCUUGGACAGGAAAAUGGCAAUUUUGAACGACAACCAAUACUUUCGCUUAUUGUUAAUGAACAUAUAGGUGAUAUCGCUGUCGGUGAUUUUGACAAUGAUAAUUAUCAAGAUAUAAUCGCUACCUAUAAGUAUCCUGCUGUCGUAAAGAUUCUUUUAAACAGAUGUGAAUGUUGCAAACUAAAAAAACCUUAG